AUGGCGGCGGAUAUACCAGAUGCGAUCACCCUCAACUCGUGGGAGGAGGCGUUUCAGUUCCCCAUCCCGACUGUACGGCGCGCCGAACAGGAACUCCGCAGGGAUGCCGAAAGCAACAGGGACAAGCUGAGGUCACUCGUUGGUGUCAAGUAUCGGGAGCUUCUCGGAACAGCGCAGACCAUCGUGGACAUGAAUAAGGAUAUACAGCAGGUUGAAUCUACAUUGUCUAGCAUUGGCAGACGAUGCAAUCCUCGGGCUAUAACUAAGAAGACUGACCACACGAACGAUUCAAAUAACGGUGGAUCUAAGACAGUUAGUGACGGACGACUGCUUACGGCCCACCUAUCUCUCCUCAGAAACUGCACCAACUCAGUUGUAAAGAUAAUCCGGAAUCGCGGUUCAAUAGUACUUGCCGCGAAGCUGCUGGUGAUAUCGAGACUCCUCCUGAAGGCCCUUUCACAGAGUGAGAGUGUGCCCCCAUACGUGGACAACCUGAAGAAGAGUCUGGCAGCUCUCCGGGGAACGUUGCUGAGCCGAGUGAAACUACGUCUGGCUGCCGUGAACACUACCACAGAUAGGCUUAUAGAAGCAUUAUCUACCUUUUGCCUAGCUACAAGCUCGUCCUCGAACGAUGCGGUACGCCAUUUCUGUGAGGUACGAAAGCACGCCAUCGGCCAGCAAAUAGUACAGGAUUCUCAGAAAAACGGAAUUCUACUUGCCCUCAAGUUGUACCUGCAAACUCUACGACAGACCGACCACCUACUAUCUGGACCCUUGGCAGUAGUGCUAGAAAAGUUGACGACUCAACCACUUCUUAGCGACCCGGAAAUUCUGCGGCUGGGCGAGCUUAAUAUUGAUGUCUUGAAGCCCUGGAUACUGCAAGAUAUUCAGCACUUUACUCCAUGGAUUAAGUAUAACGAGACCCCCAAAUCGGAAAGGGAUGGACAACUAAAAACGUGGUCCAAAGAUACAUUCAAAAUAUUCUCCUCACAAGCGAAGUUGAAACUGGAAGGCUUGUGUGAUUUUGGGGAUAUCUUGGAUUUGCGAAGACAACUGUUAGAGUCGUGGUUACUGGUUCAGACUUCAACGCGCACGCAUUCAAACCUAGAAAUACUGGAGGGUUUACAGGACAUAAUAAAUCACCAGCUAAUCUCGAUUCUCAGGGGCCAAUCCGAAGGGCUCGUCUCCCUUGGAAAAGAGAUCACAUCCAUCAUCAACGACAUCCCUUCGGUAGAGAAAAUUAACAAGGAAAAGUCGCUCCUCUGGGACCCAAAGCUUGCGUCUCUUGAUUUCUCCGAGGGUGCAGCUAACUUCAAGGAGGAGAUCGUCAACAGAACCCUAGGCAGAGAAGCUAAUGUCCUGAAAAUUUUGGAAUUAUACCAAGGUUGGCUCCAUGCAAUUCAAACCAGAGCCGGCUUAAUUAACGGUAUGAAAAGUGAGAACUGGGAGGAUAUGGUUGAAGACGACAGCGAUGAGGAUGUUAUAGAUCACAUAAAUGGAAUAUUGAGGGAGCAUAACCCUGCUCUGCUUGAAGAAGAGCAUCAAAAGUCACUUGAGAGAGGCUUCUCAUCGCUGCAAGACACGCUAUCUAGUGUGUUGAGUGAACUUUCCGAUCCACAGAAAGCAUCCAAAGCCGUAUUCCUAAUCCGCGUUGUUCGUGAAAUUCAAAGCAAGAUACCGAAUGAGCUAUUCAAAGGGAACCAGCAACACUUUGCACUGGAAAUUGUACCGGGUUUGCACGAUAUUGUUGCAGUGGACAUCGUGUCCCAACUUUCAACAUAUAUGAUGAAGUUGAAGCCUUGUGAGAACCCCCUGAGAUGCCCUGGAAGGACACUGUGGGAAGGGAAGCCAGAGCUACCAGUCCAACCAUCUCCGGCGGCAUUCAAACUAAUACGCAAGCUCGUACUUGCAAUGGAUGGCCUAGGGGCAGACUUAUGGAAUCCUGGUGCUGUGCUUGCCUUGAAAAGGGAGUUUAAGAAAUCACUGAACAUGCCCCUUGAUACCGGCUCUGGAGACGACACGGACAAGGCUAAAACCAGCUCCUCCGAGAAUGGGGUGGAGGAGCAGGAGCCGGAACAAAGUGCCACGAAGUCACCCAUCGAACGGGAUUGCCAAAUACAAUAUCUGUUUGAUAUGCUGUACCUAGACAAUGCAAUGGGACUCAAGGCGGCACCCACAGGAAAAUCAAGCCCUGCUGGUUCAGGCAGCUCGACCACUAUCCUUGAGCAGGAUUUGGAGCUCGGGGAGGAAAUGAUGGAAACUCUCAGGAAGAGAUCACAUGCAUACUGGGAGCGAACCCAGCUUCUAUUCGGGUUACUUGGAUGUUAA